CGCACAAGAUGGUGCUUUUAUCUUAGCCGAAUCUCGUAUUAGAAGUUAACUUAGACUUAUUGCUACCAAAAGGUCAGGGCUCCGUUACCGUUCUGAUUCGACGGCCAAGUCCUUCCCGGUAACACUAUCUGGGUGAUAGACAGCACCAAACCCCUGAUUGAGCACGGAAAAAUAGACUAGUUGAACUGACAGGUGAAAAUAAUAAUGCGUACUAACGGUGGCGAGAGCUGUAGGCUGUAGCACGUUCAAGCUCAAACAUGAAGGCCGACUCAAGGGUUUGCUUUUAUCAGGAUCUACGCGCACAUAUGUAAACCUCGCAGAGACGAAUAUCGGAACCCUCCACGUUAUUUCUUUGACAAUAAAUACCAGUGUUUUGAGCACUGUCAGUCCUAAACUAUCGUUCCUUGGGCGCGCUUUUCCCUUCAGCCCAGUCAAUCUUCGACGGAUCUGACAGACAGCCACUAUGUCGAACUCAGGAAAUACCGAUAUCAACCUCCAUGAGAACAAGGGCCCUAAUAUCCUUGCACCUAUGUGGGCUCUUACCAUGAUUACAACAACACUGGUGUGUGUCAGAAUUUUCAUCCGAGCUAGGAUUGUCAAGGCCUUGGGAGUUGAUGACUGGACAAUCAUGGUGUCCAUGGUUAUGGGACUCGUCUAUCUUGGUCUCACCACUGCCAAUGUGAUCACAGGUUAUGGUAGACAUGCAAAGACCUUGGAUAUGGCACAUCUUGAAAAGGCAAUCUUACUCAACACCGUUGGCUUUCUCUUUGGGAUUCUGUCUUUUACACUACCCAAAAUCGCUGUCGCAUUCAUGUUGACUCGAAUCCUUAAUCCAAGCAAAGGGCAUAAGGCUUUUGUGUUCGGCUUGGUUGGCUUUGCUGCAGUGGUAUCUGUCGUUUGCAUUCUCAUUCUCUUCACAAUGUGCACGCCACCGCAGUCCCUAUGGGUUGUGACAAUACCGGGUAGAAAAUGUCGUGAUUCCUGGAUCCUCAUUGACUAUGCUGUGUUCACUGGUGCCCUUUCCGCAUUUGUAGAUUUGUACCUUGCAAUUUAUCCGUCGGUUGUGUUAUGGAAACUCAAAAUGUCAUCGAAAAAGAAAAUGGCCCUCAGUGCUGCACUAGGUCUUGGUGUUGUUGCCGCUGCCAUGGCCAUCGUCAAAUGCACCCAACUAAAGGGUCUUGCGGAUACGGCCGAUUACACAUUCGGUACCUGGCAACUUGUCAUUUGGACAAAUGUCGAAGCUGAUGUAGUCGUCAUCGCCUCGUGUAUACCAACUCUUCCGCCACUCCUCGAGCUUGUUCUCGGGAAGAAGAAAAAGGGGUCGAGCUAUAACUAUAACAGCCGAUAUUUCAACCGACUCGACAAGGAUAAUCAGGGUAUGAACGGGUCCAAUUCCAUUGAGAUGCGUGGCGUCCGAAGCAAGCAGCACAGCAUCAGUGUCACCAACGUCGAAGGCCAAGAUAGUCAGGAGAGCAUCCUCUCGCCCGACCACCGCCAACAGACCGAUCUGAACCAGAUCCGCCGGACGGAUAACGUGACUGUGCAAUACGAACGAAACGAGCACGCAAGGGUACCAGUGGGGGCAUGGUAAGGCCGGCCAUGUGUGUGGUUAGAUGUGUAUUUUUCGAGGCGUCAAGUGGUUGAGCGUGAACAGGGUUGGCUUCUGGUAUUUGGUAUAUGGGAGGGAACAAAAGUUGGCUCGCAUUUUCUUCUCUCUUUCUUUCAGUCCUCUUCUCCAUCAUAAA